GUUAGCUAGUUACGCAGUAGCAGACUCGCAUCGGGCAGCUAGUCAAACAUUGGACCAAUGCCUUAGAAAACAUUUUUCCUUUGCAUCCCUUAGAUGAUCAGAAUGAUGUCCAUUGCUUUUAGUGGACACGCGUCUUUAGAAUAACCGCAGAUCACCGAUGUUAGCGAUAGAUAGAUUUAUUAUUUGCGGCGGCCACAUUUUCCGUUUUUGGCCGAGCUAGCUAACUAGCUAGCAUAGCUGCUAUUAGCUUGUUAGCAUCGCCUGUGAUGGCACAGCCGGAGAGCGAGUCGGUAACGGAAGCCUAGACUCUGCAUGGCGACGGACUGGCAGCAGUGGGAGUGAGCAGCCAAUCAGCCAAGGCCACCGGUAGCAACAUGGCGUCCCGUCAGAGGAACUCGGUCCGGAUCCUGUCCAGCCGGGAGCGCGGCUCCCAGACCUUUGGCUCGCAGAGGCUCCUGCAGCUGCUGGUGGAGGAGAAAGUCCGCUGGAUGAAAUGGCAGAGUCAGAAAGUGGAGCUGCCGGACAGCCCUCGAUCAACCUUCCUGCUGGCAUUCAGCCCCGACAGGACUCUCAUGGCUUCCACACACGUCAACCACAACAUUUACAUAACGGAGGUGAAGACUGGAAAGUGCCUACAUUCCUUAGUGGGCCACCGUAGAACCCCCUGGUGUGUGACCUUUCACCCCACCAUCCCCGGCCUUGUGGCCUCCGGGUGCCUUGAUGGUGAAGUCCGCAUCUGGGACCUGCAUGGCGGCAGUGAGAGUUGGUUUACAGAGAGCAAUGUUGCCAUUGCCUCCCUGGCCUUCCACCCGACUGCUCAGCUCCUCCUGAUCGCCACCAACAACGAGCUCCACUUCUGGGACUGGAGCCGACCGGAGCCCUUCGCUGUGGUGAAGACGGGCAGUGACACGGAGAGAGUCCGGUUGGUGAGGUUUGAUCCUCUUGGUCACAACCUACUGACGGCGAUAGUCAAUCCGUCCAAUCAGCAGAACGAGGAGGACUCUGAGGUUCCCAUGGACAGCGUUGAGAUGCCUCACUUCCGCCAGCGCUCCUUCUUGCCUUCUCAACCAGUUCGCCGCACACCCAUCCUCCACAAUUUCCUCCACAUCUUGUCGUCUCGCUCCCCGGGGGCUCAGGCGGGAGGCGAGCAGCCACGCCCUCUAGGUGACAAUGGAAGCAGUGUUGGAGAAUCUCCCAGCAUGCCUCUGGCCCAGUACCCCAGCUCUGAACGCGGGCCUCCCUUCCCAGGCUGCACCCAGCAUCUGGGCAUGGCUUGCCUGUGCUACCGCUGCUCCGUCAAUCGCAACCCCUCCCUUGCAGCCGAUGUGACAGUCUCUGAUCCCAGGGUGUCAUCUGACGCUCCCCAGCCUCCCCCAGCUUCAACUUUCUCUUCAGCCCGUACGGAGCCCCGACAGCCCUCGGAGCGACCCUCAGCCUUUACCUCAGUCUACUACAGCGCCGGCACUUCUCUUAAUCCCCCUGCACCAAGUGGCAUAGAACCGCUCUCCACCUCCAGGCCAGGACCUGACUGGACACGUAACCUGCUAAGUAUGAGGGAAGUUGGGGUGGGUUCAGGUGUGCUGCCUCCCAGAACCUCCUCCUCUUCUAUAAGCCUUCUUUCAGUGCUCCGUCAGCAGGACGGCUCCUCUCACUCCCCUGUCUACACCUCUGCCUCGGAAGGACGGGGUUUCCCCCAACAAGGAGAUCCCGGGGCCCGAGAUGCUGCGGGCACAAGCAGCGGGCACCAUCCGUUCUGGGAUGGCUCUCGCAGCAACACGGCCUCUUUCCGCAAUGUGCUGCAGUGCAACCUUAGCCGCUACUUCAUGGAGUUUGAUCGCAUGCAGGACUUGGAGCCACCGUUAGGAGGUGGCAUGGCAGAUGGAAGCCAGGAGCAGAGCCAAGAGCUGCUUAAUAAAAACAUGGACCCAGAGAGGCCUGGGCCUUCCACAACUUCCUCCACCUCCUCCCCUACCAUCAUUCAUUACCAGCCUCCUCUCCCCCCUCCUCCUACCUCCCACAACCUGGAGAACAAUGUUCCUCCCCCAGCGUCCCGAGGCCAUCUAAACCGCUGCCGGGCCUGCCACAACCUGCUGACCUUUAACCAUGACUCUCAGCGCUGGGAGCGAACCAACCAGGCCUCCUCCACCUCUGCCUCCACUCUGGAGCCCUCCUCUUCCUCCACCUCCUUUCCUCCUUCUUCUUCUUCUUCUUCCCCUUGGCAGCCCGAGGAGGGCAGGAGGACACUAGAAACCCAACCUCAAGAGAGAAGGGUACCUCCGGAGCCUAGCGAGCAGCCGCCUCCCCCUGGAGGUGGAGGAGCCGGAACAGUGGCCUUCCCAAUAGCCCCGUCCCCCAGCCAGUCUGGAGAGCAGACAGUGGGCUUGGUGUACAACCAGGACACAGCGCAGUGGGAGAGGGUGUACCGCCAAGCUGCUGCCGGCAGAUCGGCAGAGCCGGCGGAGGCCUUAAGCCAAGAAAUGCCUGUUGACCCUCCAGAUGAGGACUCCCUGAGGAGGCGACUGUUGGAAUCAUCUUUGUUAUCAUUGUCUCGCUAUGACAUGUCAGGAUCGAGAGACCACCCCAUUUACCCCGAUCCAGCCAGGCUUUCUCCAGCUGCUUACUACGCCCAGAGGAUGAUCCAGUAUCUGUCAAGGCGGGACAGCAUUCGCCAGCGAUCACUUCGCUACCAGCAGAACCGCCUACGGGCCAUGUCAUCUUCAUCCGACAGUCCUGCCACCAACCCGUCCAGCUCCAUGGACAACAGCGAUGUGGACUUUGAGGAGUUGGAUGAUAAUGGAGACAGAGCGAGGCACAGGACUCCACGUAACGCCAGGAUGUCUGCACCUUCGCUGGGUCGCUUUGUCCCGCGGCGUUUCCUCCUCCCUGAAUAUCUGCCCUAUGCUGGGAUCUUCCAUGAAAGAGGGCAGCCUGGCCUGGCCACACACUCCUCUGUCAACAGAGUACUCGCUGGUGCAUCGAUCGGGGACGGUCAGUCCGCAGUCGCCAGCAACAUCGCUAACACUACCUACCGUCUGCAGUGGUGGGACUUCACCAAAUUCGACCUGCCUGAGAUCAGCAACGCUUCAGUCAACGUUUUGGUGCCAAACUGUAAAAUCUAUAACGACGCUAGUUGCGACAUCUCUGCAGACGGUCAGCUGCUGGCGGUCUUCAUUCCCAGCAGUCAGCGGGGUUUUCCAGAUGAGGGCAUCCUGGCCAUCUACUCUCUGGCUCCCCACAACCUGGGAGAGAUGCUCUACACCAAGAGAUUCGGUCCGAAUGCUAUCUCUGUUAGCUUGUCUCCGAUGGGCUGCUAUGUGAUGGUCGGCCUGGCCUCUCGCAGAAUCCUGCUGCAUCCCACCACCGACCACAUGGUGGCGCAAGUCUUCCGCCUGCAGCAGCCACACGGAGGAGAGACCUCCAUCAGGAUGGUGUUCAACGUGGUUUACCCGAUGGCUCCAGACCAGAGGCGCCACGUCAGCAUCAACUCUGCUCGCUGGCUGCCGGAUCCAGGGAUGGGUUUGGCUUAUGGAACCAACAAGGGAGACCUGGUGAUCUGCCGGCCUGUGUUCUACAGAAGCGAUGGCGAGAGCCCCGCGGAGUCAAGCAGUGAACCAUUAUUCUCCGUCAACAACAGUGGAACAAGCCGGACGCGAGGUUCUGACAGACCAGGUCCCAAUCGUUCUGGCUGGAGACUGGACAGAGACAUGGGUUUGAUGAACGCAAUUGGUCUUCAACCACGACACCCCGCCCCUUCAGUGACAUCACAAGGAACUCAGACACCAAUCAUCCAGCUGCAGAACGCUGAGACACAAACAGAGAGGGACCUAUCAGAGCCUAGCGUCUCACAGCCUGCACCCAAUGUUGCUCCUGAGACUCCGUCCACGAGUGGAGCAGCUCCAGGGCAGCAGGAGGCAUCUCAGACCAGCAGAGCAGCUGAUGGCAGCCAGGGCGAAGCCUCAGCCGACACAAACACAUCCGCUACUUCUACUGGAGAGUCUCCAGAGUUCGGCACGGGUGAAGACGCUCUGGCACGGAUCCGCCGGCUGAUCGCUGAGGGUGGUAUGACAGCUGUGGUCCAGCGGGAGCAGAGCACCACCAUGGCCUCCAUGGGCGGCUUCGGAAACAACAUCAUCGUCAGUCAUCGCAUCCACCGCGGCUCCCAAACGGGCACAGGGGCCUCCAGGCCUGCGGCGGACCCCUCUAUGGCCCCCUCCACCUCAGGUCCUCUCCUCAUCACCCAACCACAGACCUACGCCUCACCCCAGGCUUCCAACCCGUCUGAACAGCUCGCCCCCAUGUGGGACUCCCAGGUGCUGUCGGGCCCUCAGCCCUCUGGCCUCUCUCUGGCCAUGGACAUGGACGACGUGUUUGACGGGGGGCGAACGGACGACGACUCCAUGCCGGGUCCCUCCUCUUCCUCCCUGCUGUUGUCUUCCCCCUCUUCCUCCUCCUCCUCCUCUCACAGCCCCCUCCCCGGCAGCGGGGACGGCCCCAACAGUUACCCUGGCGAUCCGUACAGCAGGUAGUUCUCCUAUUGGCCAAGACAAGCAGAGCGUUGGCUGAUGGGUUUAGCAAAGGGCGCUCCUCAAAGCCUUAUCUCACUGGGUGCUGCUUUGACUCUGCACAGGGUUUCCCGCCUGGAAAAGAAGGGACACAAGAACCCCCCCCCCCUCACCCCCACCCCCACCCCUGAACCGUCAGUGGCAUUGGCGUGCACUUCCUCUGCACUUAUAAAAACUGGACUGAAGCUGAACCGCGACCAUUCCUCAUCAGAAAGGGUUUCUACUUGAACGGAGGCCAGUUAGCGCUGAGCUCCUCUCUGCCCGACUCUCUAAGUAUCUGCGUGAUGGAAGACAAGGUUCCUGUUUAUCAAAGUGCCAUGUCUGAGGGGGUGAGGGGGUAUGUGUGUGUGAGUGUGCGCGUGUGUGUGUGUGGGUUCGGGGCGGUAUCUCUUUACACACACACACACAUUUACUCCAACGUGCUGCAUUCGGUGCCAUGUGAUGUUGAAAUUUGAUGUGAAAUAGUGCGUGAUUGAAGUGUUUAAAAAGUGAAUUCAGCACUACUUUAUUUUGUUUUUGUACCGUGUGUAAUUAUGAUGUUUGAAAAGAAGAAAUGGAGGCUGCGCGUGCCUGAGGCUGGACUCACGACUCUGCAUCCUGACUCUGUAUCUUGACUCUGCAUCAUUAUUCUGUAUCUUGACUCUGUAGGAUUACUCCGUAUCAUGACUCUACAUCACAACUCUGAAUCAUGACUCUGCAUCUUGAUUCUAAAUUAUGACUGUACGCUGACUCUGCAUCAUGACUCUGUAUCCUGACUCUGAAUCAUGAGUCUGCAGCUCAUGGAGGAAGUUACUGUGUCCCACCACCAGGAAAAUCAAUCAUUGAUGACUGAACUGUGACUGAGUGAACUGAAUCUGCUGCAUGUCUUUUCAACGAUGCUGCAGUUCAUGAAACAAACACCUUUUUUUAAUUGUUUGUAAAAAGGCUGAAGAGGAGAAGAACAAUUUCCUGUUUCUGGGAGGGAAACCAAACACCCACCCCUCUAAAAACCCAGUUGCACUAUAGUGUGUUUGCUAAGAGAGGCGUGUGUGUCUGUGUCCGUGUGUGUUUGGACCCCGGCAGGAAAGAUUUUGCUAGAAAGUUCAGCUAUCUAAUUACCUGUUGAUCUUUAGAUUAUUCUCUCAAAUAAUUGUUUUGUAGGCAGAUUGUUGGUUUUCGUUCAUUUUUGUUUGGUGUGAAAAUUAAUAAGCAAAUUGUUGAAACCUGCUUCAGUUGUGAGAUCAGUGUACAUAUAAGUCAGCAUUCAGUUUAUUCAUGGUGAUGAUAAUGUCAAAAAAUUAACAGACUUGAUGUUGACGAUUUUAAUUUUCAUACCAUAAAGGAAUAAAUGAAAACCAAUAGUUGCCUUGAAAAUGAUUGAAGGAUAAAUUUGGCAUCAACUCUCAUGUUCAGACUCAAACAGUCUAUCUCUCAGCUCCAAGCUCAUUUCAUUCCUACUUAAGAUAUUAUAAAUCACAAAUCUGUAGUUUGAUCAUCGGUCACGUCCUCAAACAGCUGCUUAUAGUCAUUUUUAUAGUGACUUUGUUGGGGACUAUUUUCAGCAGCGGAUUAAUUAGUGAGUAUUUGUGGCAGCAGGACGGUGUUUGUAGGACUGAGUCAAAAUAAACAACAGUGUGUAGCAGGGUUGGAAAUUAACCUUUUUGUCCAUCUGCCACUGUGGCUGGUGGGCUCCAAAAUCCACCGGCCACUCAUUAGAUUACCUUUGUGUUUUUUGGCUGAUGAGUGAAGCACAUCGAGCAGCCACUUACAGAUUUUACCAGCAUUUUGCGAGUGCUAAUUUCCAUCCCUGGUGGGCAGUGUUUAUAACUGAUAGUUAACUGAUUUCUCACUGCUGGUUUGAGUCUGAACAUAAAGAGGAAGAUAGAAUAUCACCAGACUUCUUUGAAAACUAUGACAAAAUUUAACCUACAUUUGAAAACAGUCGACAAAAUGUUAAAAUACAAGUGUAGAAGUGUAUUCUGCUCACACAGAGACAAAAUAUUUGUGUAUAAAAGAUGCUGGGUGGGUGUGCUCCUGUAAGAGUGUGUGUCUGUGUGUGCAGUAUGUUGUGGCGGGGAGGGCAGGAGACACAUGUAGCUUUUCUCUGCUGCUGACUGUCACCUCUUUUCCACUGCAGGAACUAGAACCUCUGCUCUAUCUGUUUCCACAGUGUUUUAACAACCCAGAAAGUGUUUUGGAAAAUUAGAGAUGGUGGGAAAAUGGCGCUAAUAUAGACUUUCUUUAACAUUAACAUGAUUCAACGGUCAGUAUCAUCACAUUCACAGUACAGGCUCUCUGCUCUGUACCAUUAACUAACAUGACUCUAAGUUCUCUCUUGUAUUUCCUACGAAUAUUUGCUUCGUCUCCUGUUCGCCCUCUGUUGAAGCCUGAAUGAUGAGCAGAUUCAAGUUUGCGUGUCCUGUUUAAAGCGUUUCAGUGAAGGCUGCGACACACUCUUUGACCCCAUGGGAGCUAUGGCGUAUGACCCAUGUAAUGUAACUGGAGCUGCGUCGUUGGAGGGUUACAGCAGACAGUGCUACAAAUAAAGGGAUGGUGUCUGCUCAGGUGCCCUUUCAGGUGCACUUGGCCGGACAGAACUUUGGACUCAAUUGAAUGGCGGCUGAUACACAAUAGCAUAUUUGCAUAUAGAAAGCAUUUGUUUAUGGUCUUUUAUUACUGACUUUAUCAAUAUUUACAGAAUUGAAAUGCUCACCCAUAUCUUUUUUUUUAAAAAAAUUCCGACCCAAGGCGGACUGCGGAUGCCUCAGUGAAACGAAUCGCUCAUAACUAUAUUCUACAUUAGUGCCCCAAUUUUUGAGCCUUUCGACAGCUGCACACCACAUUUCACUGUGCAGUGAUAGGACGUCACGACUUAUCUUUUUAACCUCGUUUCAGUUCGAUCUCAAGCCGCUCCAGUGGAUUUACAGCUCUGUGGGCAAAUAGAAACACCGCGCUGCGUUUGUAAAUGAAUUAUUCUUAUGCGUUUCCUCUUUAUUCAUCUUUCUCAUUGAAUGGAAAAGUGAUCGAAGCUUUAUAGGAUGUAGAGGUGACGGUGAAGAAACUGACCGGUGGAAAUCAUUUCUGAACCUUUUCUCUUUUAGGAGUAAUUAAAGAGAUGGUAGUGUUUGUUCCCCUGCUGCUAAGUAUGAGAAGAAAAUGUUAGAGACAGUGCCAAUGCCACCUGGCAGUUACUGGGAAAUUAAUUGAACUUUUUACACACACCUGCAGAACAAGCAGCAAAAAACACAAUAUUAUGAAUCAGAAUUUGACCUCUAUAUCCAUGUGUACAUAUCUGCGAUAUUAACAAACACUGUUUGAGCCCAGAUUUAGGUCCAGAAACUUCCCGACACCACAACGAAAGCAGAACCAGAGCUGAUAGAUACACCUUUAUUUACAGCUCGUUUAGUUCCUGUGGUGGAAAAGGCCUGUGAUCGGUGUCUCCAUGCUUAACCCCACCUGUCGUGUCUCCAUCUGCCCCUCUCUGGCCCCUCCCAUGUCCCUUUGACCCCACCCACCACCCUCCACCCUCUCCUUCAAACUCCUGCAGAAGAAAACUUGAAUUUGUCAGAUCAAGUGCUCCUUUUCCUUUCCAGCCUGAGACUGUACAGCCGAAAGCUCUGAGCUGCUUUUAAUUUGUUUUUUUAUUCCUAUUCCACACGUGCUUACACACACACACACACACACACACACACACAGAGCUGCAUAAAAGUUCAUGUACUGAUGGUGUUUAAGUUUUGUAUGUGUGGGUUUCCGGGUGGUGGUGGGGUGGGGUCGGGGUGGGUGAGGGGUUGGGGGGGUGUAACGGACAUAUGAAAAUGAAGAUGACGAGGAGGGAGAGCCCUGACUGGAGCUGUGCAGAGACACUGUGUGAUUCGGAGAUAGAGCUGUUUACUUUUUAUUUUUUAUUUAACCUUUCUUUCCUGCAGGUUAGUCCAGGCGAGAUCAGGGAUCUCGUUUCUGUGGCGACCUGGCGAGGACAGUGGCUGCAUGUUAAGAAUCUGUCUGAGAGAGAAACACAAACACAGCAGGUGACAAACUGAUCUGAAUGCUCCUCCUGGCUUUACUUGAUUAAUGAACAUUUUAAAAACAAUGUGUUCGGGUGAUCUCGUGUCUGUUUUGUGUGUAUGUUUGUGAGGGUUAUUGGGGCGGGGGCGACUUCUGCCCCCCCGUUUCCUGUGAAUGAUGAACUGAGCACCACCGUAUUCAACAAUGCAACCGGUCAAUAACAAAGGUACAACUGUCACCACUUCCCCUGCUACAUCAGACUGUGGAGUUUGUACAGCUCGAUUCUUUCUUUGACUUUUAGACGUGAUGUAAUUAAAGAGCUUUGAGAGUUUUUCUGUGAUCCAUCGAGUUGUUGAAGAUUAUUUAGUGAAGCUUCCUCGAGUUUCUGAACACUUGUGGUUUUAAGCUGGGAAAAUAUCCAAAUCUCUUUAUCAGAUCUUUAAUCUCCUGUUUAUCUUUUAUUAGCAAACUCAUGUAAAAACACACUCAGGUAGUCAUUUAGAUUAACAACUAAUAAAUAAUUUAUCAGGCA